GUGCGGAGCCAGAGAACUUCUACCCCAAGUCUCGCAGACGCGUCUGCUUUGUCCAGGUUAGCAGACCCGGGUCAAUCCGUCCCGCUGGGUACCAGACUGCCUGACAGACACCAGGUCGAACUGCAGCGGAGGUAAAGAGCCAGACAGACAUGGGCUCCAUAUUUCGCAGCGAGGAGGUGUGCCUGGUGCAGCUCUUUCUUCAGUCCGGCUCGGCCUAUAAUUGUGUCAGCGAGCUGGGAGAGCUGGGCCUGGUUGAGUUCAGAGACUUAAACCCCAACGUGAACUCCUUUCAGAGGAAAUUUGUCAGCGAGGUCAGACGAUGCGAGGAUCUCGAGAAGACUUUCCACUUCUUGGAGCAGGAGAUAAAUCGCUCGCCACCCUUAAAGGGUCCACUCCCUCCUCCGUGUCCGACACCUUCUGCCCCUCAGCCCCGUGAGCUCAUCACCAUAGAGGAGGAGAGCGAGAGGCUCGCCAGGGAGCUCAAGGAGGUGUCCAGGAACAGAGAUAGCCUCAGGGCUCAGCUGACGCAGCUCUCCCAGUAUCGAGGAGUCCUGACCAGAACUCACUCUCUCACGGCGUCACACGUGCCACCAGGUGCAGUGGAGAGCCAAGGUCUGUUUGAUAAUCGCCAAGAUGUCCGACUCAGUUUUGUGGCAGGAGUGGUCCACCCCUGGAAGGUGCCCUCGUUCGAGCGACUGUUAUGGCGGGCGUGUCGCGGUUACAUUAUUGUGGAUUUUAGAGAAAUGGAGGAUCGACUUGAGCACCCUGACACUGGGGAAAUGGUGCAAUGGACCGUGUUCCUCAUUUCCUUCUGGGGAGAUCAAAUUGGACAGAAAGUCAAGAAGAUCUGCGAUUGCUUCCGCACUGAGACAUUUGCAUACCCCGAGAGCUCUGCUGAGAGAGAGGAGGUUCUCCAGGGACUUCAAGGUAGAAUUGAAGACAUCAAAUCAGUGUUGUCACAGACAGAAAGCUUCUUGCAGCAGCUGCUGAUGAAGGCGGUGGCCGUUCUGCCCCAGUGGAAGGUGCGCGUCCAGAAAUGCAAGGCGAUCCAGUCGGUACUGAAUCUCUGCAGCCCCUCUGUCACUGACAAAUGCCUGAUCGCUGAGGCCUGGUGUCCCACCGCCAAGCUGCCUGAACUGCAGAGUGCGCUGAGAGAGGGAGGGAGGAAAAGCGGCAGUGGGGUUGACUCUUUCUACAACCGCUUGCCUUGCUCUACACCUCCACCUACUCUGUUUCCCCUCAACUCCUUCACAACAGGUUUCCAGAACAUUGUAGACGCCUACGGAGUGGCAGCCUACCGUGAAGUCAAUCCAGCAUUGUUCACCAUAAUUACAUUCCCCUUCCUGUUUGCGGUGAUGUUUGGGGACGUGGGCCAUGGUUUACUGAUGACUCUGACUGCUCUCUGGAUGGUCCUCGAGGAAAAGGAUCCCAAACUUAGAAACAACAACAAUGAGAUCUGGAGGAUGAUGUUCGGUGGAAGGUAUUUGAUUCUGCUGAUGGGACUGUUCUCCAUCUACACGGGAGCCAUUUACAACGAGUGCUUCAGCAAAGGCCUCGCCACCUUCAGCUCGGCCUGGCACGUCGGCCCAAUGUUUGAAAAAAACAUAUGGAAUUCAUCGGUGCUGGCAGGGAGCCAGUACUUAUCCAUGGAUCCUGUUGUGCCCGGCGUUUUCACAAGCCCCUAUCCAUUUGGCAUUGACCCGGUCUGGGGGAUGUCCAACAACAAACUAACAUUCCUAAACUCUUACAAGAUGAAGAUGUCAGUCAUCAUCGGCAUUAUUCACAUGACUUUUGGAGUCUGCUUGUCAUUCUUCAACUACUGGCACUUUCGCAAGUUCAGCAGUUUGAUUUUUGUGCUGAUCCCAGAGCUUUUCUUUAUGCUGUUUCUGUUUGGCUACCUGGUGUUCAUGGUGGUCUAUAAGUGGGUUGCUUACGCUCCUUCUCAGUCCAAAAGUGCUCCCAGCAUACUGCUCCACUUCAUAAACAUGUUCCUGUUUACGGAAAACCCUGACAACCCUCAGCUUUAUCAUGGACAGGCUAUAGUGCAGAAGGUCCUG